CCUCAGCCAUUUGUUAUGAGUCCUGACCAUGUUCAUUUCGAGUAUUUGAACACGUUUGUAUGCCUUGAUCAAAAAUUGAUCAACGCUGCAUCCAGUUCACACGCCUUGAAAAUUGACAGCCGCUAUUGUUGUGCGCGUGUCUUCACAGGUGGCUUUGCAAUCGUGUUCCUGGUGAAAACAAACCAGGGCGUGCGCUGCGCCCUCAAGAGGAUGUACGUCAACAAUGAGUACGACCUGCAGGUGUGCAAAUGCGAGAUUCAGAUCAUGAAAGACCUCGUGGGCCACAAGAAUAUUGUGGGCUAUCUGGACUCCAGCAUCACAGCCAUGGGGUCAAGGGACGUGUGGGAGGUCUUUAUACUGAUGGACUACUGCAAGGGCGGCCAGGUUGUUAAUUUGAUGAAUCAAAGGCUGCAGACGGGCUUCACAGAGACGGAGGUGCUUCAGAUCUUUUGCGACACCUGCGACGCCGUGUCUCGCCUGCACCAGCGCAAGACACCUAUCGUCCACCGAGACCUUAAGGUGGAGAACAUCCUCCUGCACGACAAAGGUCAUUACGUGCUCUGCGACUUUGGCAGCGCCACUAACAAGUCCCUGAGUCCACAGACUGAAGGCGUGGCCGCUGUGGAGGAAGAGAUUAAAAAAUACACCACUUUGUCAUAUCGCGCACCUGAGAUGGUGAACCUCUACAACAACAAAAUCAUCACCACCAAAGCGGAUAUCUGGGCGCUGGGCUGUUUGCUCUACAAGUUGUGCUUCUUCACUCUGCCCUUUGGUGAAAGCCAGGUGGCCAUAUGCGAUGGCAGUUUCACCAUUCCGGACAACUCCCGCUACUCUUACGAUCUCCACUGCCUCAUUCGCUACAUGCUGGAGCCUGACCCAGACAAAAGGCCAGAUAUCUACCAGGUGUCCUACUUUGCCUUCAAACUGGCGCAGCGUACUUGUCCUGUUCAGAAUCUGAAGAAUUCUGCAAUUCCUUCCAAACUUCCCGAGCCAAUCAAAGCGAGCGAAGCUGCUGCAGCCAAGAAAAGUCAGGCCAAGCCCAGACUGACAGACCCGAUCCCAACCACUGAAACGUCCAUCACCCCUCGCCAGAGGCCCAAAGCAGCUCACACUCAGGCCACUGCCGGCAUCCUUCCCAUUCAGCCCGUUGCCCUUACCCCUCGCAAGCGGGCUAAUCUCUCCAGUGGGACAGCUCAGCCUGUUGGAGUCAGCUUGGACCUCUCGCAGCCAGCUGCGGCCCUCCAGUCGCAGAAGGCGCAGACCUGUGCUUUGCCUCUCAUCCAGUCACAAAACAACUCCAGCCAGGCUGCAGUGGCACAGAAGCAGCUUGCUCCAGCGGCGGAAGGCACAGCCGCUGCUCCCGUAGCAGCGCCCGUUUCCAAAGCAGAUGUCCAAGCACAGCCGCCGUCGGCCCAGCAAAUGGCUCCGCCUCCGUCCGCGACCGCUGCCACCUCGCAGCAGGCGGCGCAGUGUCCGUCCAGUCCGGCCGCACCUCAGCGCCCCGCUCGACGCAAGCUGCCCGUCCAGGCUCAGACGCCCGCAGCUCAGCCGCCGCCCGGCAAAUCUGUCGCCGGUCAGUCAGCUGGCGAGCAACCGCAGCAAACAAGUCAACCUUCGACCAUCCAGGCUCAGUUGCCUGCCACGGAAGUCAGGGAAAAAGCAGCCGAGACGACUCCUCCUGCUUCCCCAAAGACAGCAGAGGUGGAAAGCCACAAACGUGUCCCAAGUGACAUCAUAGCGAGCACCACCAACGGAGGCAACGAAAACUCCUCACAGGCAGCAGAAGAAGACACCGUCCAUCCUCAAGUUGGCUCCAUCCAGCCUCGUGGCGACCUCGUCCUGGACCAAAAGAACGUCCCCGCCUCCAGCGGCGACACCACCGCGGCGCCUGUCUGGAACCCGUUCGACGACAAUGACGGCUUCUCUGGCUUCACCGCCGAUGAAGUCAAACCCAAGGACGCGAAGCUUAGCGACCCGCCCUCGGAGUGUGAAACGCCGUGUGGAGAGCUGAUACCAGGCUUGCAGGCUUCAGACGGAGAAAAUGCAGAACAAGACUCACAAGCUGAACGACCGUCAGCCAUCACUGACACUGAAUCGGGAGCAUCACUGUUGGUCGUCCCAGAUCCAUUCCAUACACUUGAACUGUCCAAUGCGCCAGAGAAGCUCAUCGAGGGACUCAAAUCUCCAGACGUGUCUUCGCUCAUGCUUCCCGACCUGCUGUCUUUGUCUGAUCCUUUUGGCAGUUCUGUGGAAGACUCCGAGAAAGAUCACAUCAUGGCAGACGCCUCUUUGCUGGGCUGUUCCCUGAUAUCCGGUCCGUCCGCGCCUCCGGCAGCCGCAAGCAGCGCCGCCUCCUCAGUGUCCUCCGCCUCCGCUGCGUCUGCUUUGGACGAAUUUGGUCUGCUGUCUGGAGACUCCGCACAGCCCAAAACAUCAGAUUCGUCCCUCCUCAUCUCAGACUUCGAGCCGCAGCAAAGCAGCGCUGAGGCUGCCACAGAGGACGAGUUCGACCCCAUCCCCGUGACCGGCCGAAAGAACUCCCAAGUUUCAGGAGGCCACUCGCGCAGUAACAGUGGCGGCUCUGAAUCCAGCCUGCCCAGCUUGGCCCGCUCCCUUCUGCUGGUGGACCAGCUCAUCGACUUGUAGGCCGUACCCCCGCUACCCCCCACCCCCACACACCCGCCGCUAUUCUAUAGAUGCCGUAACACUGAAUUCCAGUCGAGCCAUGGCUCACUUACGGCUGCCAUUUUCAUUCCAAGUGCGUGCUCCGUCCCUCGCCAUCCGCUCAUUUCCCAUCCCAUCCAUGCCCGGCCACUUAAGUGGCUUUGCCACCUCACCAUUCUCUCAUCUUUUUUCCUCUCCAUCUCCAUAUCUUCACCCUUUCUCAAUCUUAACCCUUUGAAUAUUACAUGAUGUCUGAUAGCGAAAACAAUAGCUCAUUGUCGUCACGUACAAUAAGCCUCGUGCUAAGUGGUCGUAGUUCAUUGUGCACAAGUGACUUUGUCGUCGUUUGCCUUGAUCGGAUUCCCCUCCCGCCCUGUUUUAUUUGUAUAAUUUUUUUAAGAGGUUAAAAUUCAUGUUUUUCCCAAAAAAGGCAUACAUAUCCAUGACAAGAGAGAAAUGGGAAAUGUCGAUUUCUUUUGCCCUUCUAAAGAAUGAAUGAUAUGAAACCACCAUAUUUCCACAAAGGAGAAGCAAUAAAUUGUCAGAAGGCAACAUCGGAGAUCAAGUCUUCAGAAACGAGCCUUGUUUAGCACCUUAGCUUGUCUGUCAAGCAUCCAGACUGAAAGAAAAGUCACUUCUUUACAUCUUCAGCUUUUUAAUUGCAGCUGUCACUCAAACCAGGCACCAACUCACCCCCCAGGGAGAUAUAAUUGAGAUUUUCUCAUCGUACAGUUCACAAAAAAUGAAAGCCACGCCACAGUUUUUGCAAACAGGAAUUAAACUACCCAAUUUAAGAGUUUUGUGUGAUAAAAUGAGAACUUUAUUUCUCGGUUCAUUUUCAUUGUGGCUCUAAUAUUCAUUUACGUAAUUAACUGACCUCAUGAAAUAGCCAUUUUGUUCUGUAAAAAUAUUGGUGGCCUGUUGGAACAUCGAAAUUAGCCAUAGCCACAUAUCCUGCAUUUGUAAAGCUCCUGAGGGGGGAAAAAAAUAAAAAAAUCAAACUUUUCAGUGUGCCAUCAAAUGAUAUGUGAACCGCAGUGGAAAAUAUGAAAAAAAAAGACAACAAAAAAAAAUUCCUUAGAUGCCGCUAUAGUCUGUGAUUAUCAUCUUUUGUUUCGAAAUUAGCAAUAGAUUGCUCGAAAAUGGUCAAUGACAGUUGCACCUUAUCUAAUAGCGUUUAGCAGUGUGCCAUAUCAACUCGAAGACGCAUGUUUCUGCUUUUGCACCAGUGGGUGAAUAACCGUAGAACCGUAGUGCAUAAAUGGGGCAACUAUUAAUAUUCAGAUUUUCACACAUUCUCCUGAGAAUUUAGUAGGAAAUGAUAUAAAAAAAGGUCGGCACUGUAUUGUAUGUUUAAGACUGGACUGGUUUUCUUAUUUUCUAUAUUAUACAGUAUAAUCCCCCCCCCUCCCCCCCCGUCUACCACAGUACUGUUGAGAUUGGGUAAACAUGCCGUUUUGACGCCUUUUUCGUUCCCCUGACAACCGAUUGGCGCCAGACGUGACAAAGCGAAUGACUCGUUAGUGUUGCCGUUUGACAUUUUUCGACCGGAAGUGACCUAUGUGAUCCCUGUAGUGACGACGGCUGCCCCCCACCCUUAAGAAAUCCACAAGCAACAAAUCUGACUUUUUGCGGUGAAAACUCUCGACAACAGGGGAUGGCCAGAUCGCCUUUCCGCGUCCAGACUGUAAAGUAAUGGCGCUCACCCAAAACCACCGCUUGGUCAUUCAAAUUUCUCCAUGUCCCCUUGAGCAAAGUCUGUUUCAUCUCAAUGCGUCUUUGGACUUGACUUGGAAAUGCGGUGCCCGACUUUUCUUGCAACAAUCCUACCAAAUGCUCGGGAGAACAGGCCAGGCAUUUAACACUUCUUCUCAUCCAUUCCCAUUUUCUUGAGCUCAUUCAAACGCAUUUCUGACAUCCCUCCCAAUUAGUGUAAAUACAGUAGUCAACCCCUCCCCAUUGUACAGAAUGAAGUCACUGUCAUAUAGCUUUACUGUUGAUAUAUACAUAUAUGAUAUAUAUGACUUUGUUUCCUGUCCAUAAAUGUUAAUAUGAAUAGAGUGGUAGAGAAUGAACGUAAGAAAUGAAUAGUAGUCUCAAAAAUAUCUAGAAUGGCAUAUAUCCGUCAGAUAAUAUUGAAAGAGUAUAUGAAUAUUUCAUUCCUCUUUGUGGACUGUGUGUGUGUGCGCGUGUGCGUGUGUGUGUGUGUGCGCGUGGAUGGGGCUGGGGGUGCUGUUGUGUGUUUCUCUGAUAUGAUAUGUUAGCUGUGGGAAUCCUGUUCAGUCCCUGCUCCUCUUCCUUUGUACAAAACGUUUUCGUGUGUUUACAUGGACUGAUAUGAAGGACUAUAUUUUUAUUCCAAAAAAAAAAAAAAACAGUUUUAUUGCCAGGUGGGAGGUCUUUUCUUUCUGUGUGUGCGCGUGCGUGCGUCUUGUUUCAUUCCAUCUGCCAGACCGAGCGAAAAAAAAACGUGCUUUUUAGGGGGUAAUGUUUAGCUUCGCUUUGUCAAUUUUUGUUGUUUUGGAAAAGCAUGGCAGUGUCAUUGAGUGUUUGUGUUGGUGUUCUGUGUGCGUGAAUGUGUGUGUGUGUGCGUGUGUGAGUUCCGGUACCCGUGUUUCUGCAAAUAAUUUGAGGGUUACUCUCCUGAAAGCACAGUGUUGUCUCAGGUGGAACACUACUCUGAGUCACAUGACUUUGUUGGUCAAAACGCACUCCAAGGGGGAAAAUGUCUGGAAGGCAAAAGUAGCAUUAUAUCUGGGGAACCAAACGGCCACCGUGACUAUUCUAAAGACAUGUUAAAGCUUCAUCCCUCACCUACUUAGGAUUUGGGCAAAUCCCCCCCAGUAUCAUUUUAUCAAAAUGCAAACCCUGGAAUGAUCCCAAAAUGGCCGCUUCAAACCAAAAUGGCAGACUUGGUGUUCAGGAUCUUUGAGACGUCCUGUUAUUAUGGACAUUUUGGGGGUCCCUUUAUGGACCACAGGCUGUAGGUUACCCAAAGGUUGCGCUUUAUGGACGAAGGUAUUGGAACAUGUGGCCAUACAGAAAGCAGGCACAUAGUUAGUAGCAAUGUUUUGCUAACUGCAACCUUCUUGCUGAAUUAAGUUUGCACACGCACAGGAUAGAAGACGGAAUAGUCCAUUCCAUGAGAACGGAGGGGGGAGCUGUCAAAAGGACCAUGAUCAUUUGAAUCAUUUUGACGUGUAUUCAAACAUGACAAAACAAAUGUUUCAAAUAGAAGACAACUGUCCGUUUUUAUGAGGGACUUAGUUGGUCUCCUUAUGGCACUUGCGCCAAACUGUUCCCACAAAGUUGGAAGCAUAUCAUUGUCCACAAUGUCUCGGUCGGUGCAUUUGUCCAUCGAGUGUAUUAGCUGAAGAACCAUUUUCCUCCAUAUUUGAUAAAUGUAUUUCAAGAACUAAAAUGUGUUGUCCUGCCUCAAGUUGUUCAAUCCAAACAGCAGAGAACUUCUUUGUUGCCCUCCAUUUUGUCGAGAGUGCAGUCAUUUCGUAGUUUGAACCUAUGCAACUCCCGAGCUUGGCGCUAAAAGCACGCAAGCGACAAGCAGGCAGUGCGAUCCACAUUGAAGUAGAAUCAGCUGAUAUUUUCCUCCAGCCUCCUUGCUUGUGUUCAUGGCCCACAAACCCACAUCAGUCAGAGCUGUGCUAUCUUUUCUUGUGCUCCUUCUAUUUUUUGUGACAUCAUUCGAAAGGGAUGGCCAAAUAAAAUGCAAAUGUGAACGUC